UCUCAUACGCGUAGCAUUAUUGAAGCUAGCUUGCGCCACGUUUUAACUUUGUUUUCCUUUUCAGUGUCCCGUCUUCACUAUGUGUAGCAGCUGUACAUCUCAAAUUAAUAUUAAAGUUCUGUUCUUGACCAGACGUUCAGCCUGUUAACGUAGGGAGGUGGGCGUGAAGCGUGAAACUCGUUUGAAAGUUGUCUUACAAUGUAGCCGUGGUAGUAAACGUUAAGGCGUGUAGUUUUUAGUUCAGAUUAUUAUUAAGGAGUUUAAAUGUCUCGGUUGGAGUGGGCCGAGUGUCAGCUGGCAGAGCUGGAGCUGCUGUGCAGCAUGUUUCCCUCUCAGGAGGAGCUGCAGAUCUCAGAUCAGCUGGCUGUGGCUGAGCUCAGGAGCUUUGUGGAGGGAUCUGCACACACUCCUGCGUCCAGACCACAGUUUGUCAUCAAACAAAACCUGCACCCAGCAGCCACAGAGAAGGUGGACGUCACUGUAUCCUGUGCUUUUCCAUCCGAAUAUCCCAGUGUGUUACCGGAGAUAACAGUGAGGUGUGCCAGUCUCAGCAGGGCCCAGCAGACACGGCUGCAUGCAGAUCUCACUGCGUACCUCAUGGAAAACUGCCAGGGGGAAGUGUGCGUGCUGUCUGCUGUGGACUGGGUGAAAGACAACCUGCAGCUCUUCAUUAACAAGAGCUCAUCAGCUGCAGCGCCUUCAAAGAAAGAGCCUGCGUCUCCGCGGCCACACCAAGUCUUCAGCCGACUUUGGAUCUACAGCCACCACAUCUACAACAAGACAAAGAGGAAGAAUAUUUUGGAGUGGUCCAAGGAGCUGGGCCUGUCAGGAUUUAGCAUGCCUGGUAAACCUGGCAUUGUGUGUGUGGAAGGCCCUCAAAUCGCCUGCGAGGAGUUCUGGUCCAGAGUGAAGGUUCUGACAUGGAAGAAGAUCAUGAUUCGACACAGAGAGGAUAUUCCCCUGGAUGGACAGGGUGACGAAAAGAUGGAGUCACUGCGUAAAUUCACAGGCUUUGAAGAGGCAAUGUUUGAUCCCCAUGGGAACAGAGGUAAUCACAUGGACCUUGGACAGUUGUAUAAAUUCUUAAAUGAAAAAGGUUGUUGUGAUGUCUUUCAGAUGUAUUUUGGCAUUGAAGGGAGAUAGAAGUCAGACCAUGUGCAGGGAUGCCAGGUCCACUCAGGGCUGCUAUUCAUUCAUUUAUAAGCUGAUUAAAAAU